AUGAGCACCUCGCUGAAAACAGAAUCCGUUUGGAGGUCAGCCCCGCUGGCCGCCUGGAAAUGGGCUAUACCGGACUUUGAUGACAAAAAACCUUUCACUCGCUCCACUCUUUGGAUUCCUUUCUCAUGUUUCCCCUUGAUUCUGCUGCAGAUUCAUCUGCUUUUACGCUAUAAUCCCAAGGCAACGUGGCUGCUGAGAGCCUCUCUGAUUCCGUUCGUAACACUAGUCUCACUGAGGUCUGCAUAUGCUUACUAUUACAUGGUCGACGGUCAAGGCCAGCUCGACGGUAGAGGACAGACAAUCAACGUCACUCUGGGCUGUGCUGCGAUCAGUAUCAUCAUUCGGUCGCUUGAAUUUGGCUUGGCUCGCCAGAGACCUCGGCUCAAGAUACACAAAUCGAACCCCUACGACGCCGUCAAUGGCAGAAAGCAUGCACACCGCAGUCCCGAUCCAAUGCCCAUUUUUUUCCCUGGCACCUUAUGGCCUCUCGAACUUGACCUGCUUGUCAAUGUAAGAGCAUCAGGCUGGGAGCAUGGUAUCAAGGAUGGCGUUCCCGCCUUGCCGGUGCCCACCUACACCCGGCGCCAGCGGCGGGAUUGGAUCUUGAAGGCCUUGGCUCCCAUACCGCUCUACUUUGUCCUAUACGAUGUCGUUUUUUGCUUGAUCGAAGACCCACGCUUCAAUAUUCACGCUGACAGCAGGGUCGGCGGCAGCAUCUGGGAUUCUUCCAAAGGAUCGUUCGGUAAAGCAGGCCCUUACUUGGUCUGCGUUGCGUUUGGCUCUUCCUUUGUAUGCAUUCAAUACAUGAUGCACGCCAUUCUAGCCUGCAUCUUUGUCGGCUUGUUGGAUGAUUUGCCUUCACGGUGGGAUCCACCCAUUGUGAGCCUACCUUGGCUGUCGACAUCGGUGACUGAGUUUUGGUCCCAGCGUUGGCAUCAAAUUCUGCGAGUCACCUUUAUGACGGUAGGAUUUUGGCCAAUCCGUGACGCCCUCCGUCCCGUUGCCGGUCGUCGGAUUGCCAACAUGAUGGCGAUAUGCGGGACCUUUUUGGUUUCCGGCCUUCUGCACGAGCUCGGUCGCGCAGCCAUGACACCUGGCUUUGGCCUCACCAACGUCACCCUCUUUUUUACUAGCCAGCCCGUUGCAAUCUUUGGCGAGCAGCUUUUUGAAUAUUGCACCAGACGUCGUGUACGCGGCUUCUGGGGUUGGCUUUGGACUGCUUCGUGGAUCCUUGGCACUGCGCCCCUCUUGCUCGAGGCUUUCAACCAAGGCGGUAUGCUUGCUGCAGACAAUAAGUAUCUUGGCUUCACGCGUCGACCAGUCAGGUUCAUGCUUGAUUGCUGGGACCACAUGUUCAACAGCGUUUAG